CGAAAUUGCGUCCUAUUCUGAACAGUUUGAUCUGAGUUCUACCGAUUUGUUAAGUGUGUUGGCUACUUUGGACUUUUAUGCUCUAGUUCACUUUCAUUUCAUAGAGUAUCACCAUGUCGGUGGCGUUUGCAGCUCACAGGCAGCGUGGGAAGGGUGAUAUAACACCCGCCGGAAUACAAAAGUUACUUGACGAGAACAACCAGCUGAUCCAGUGUAUAAUGGACUUCCAGAGUAAAGGCAAAACAGCAGAAUGUUCACAGUAUCAGCAGAUGCUGCACAGAAAUUUAGUGUACCUGGCGACGAUAGCAGACUCCAAUCAGAACAUGCAGUCUCUCCUCCCUGCUCCACCCACUCAAAACAUGCCAAUGGGCCCUGGUGGGAUGAACCAAAGUGGACCCCCCCCUCAGCCUCCUCACGGUCACAACAUGCCCUCUGAGGGUAUGGUCAGUGGUGGCCCCCCAGCCCCACACAUGCAGAACCAGAUGAAUGGACAGAUGCCUGGUCCUAAUCACAUGCCCAUGCAAGGUCCUGGUCCAGGCCCCAACCAGCCCCCAAACAUGCCCAGUGGCUCUAUGAAUAUGCCCCCCAGCAGCCAUGGCUCGAUGGGUGGUUACAAUCAUACCGUCCCUUCUUCCCAGGGCAUGCCAGCUCAGAGCCAAAUGAACAUGACCCAGGGCCAGCCCAUGGGAAACUAUGGGCCUCGGCCAAACAUGAACAUGCAGCCCAAUCAAGGCCCCAUGAUGCACCAGCAGCCUCCCUCCCAGCAGUAUAACAUGCCUCCUGGUGGUGCUGGACAGCACUACCAAGGACAGCAGAACCCAAUGGGCAUGAUGGGCCAGGUCAACCAAGGGAACCAUGUCAUGGGGCAGAGGCCAAUGCCCCCUUACAGACCCCCACAGCAAGGACCCCCUCAGCAGUACCCAGGGCAGGAAGACUACUAUGGGGACCAGUACAGUCACGCAGGACAGGGAGCCUCAGAAGGUAAUGCCCAGUAUGGCCAACAGCAGGAAGCAUACCAGCAAGGCCCUCCCCAGCAACAGGGCUACCCUCCUCAACAGCAGUACCCAGGUCAACAGGGCUACCCACCUCAGCAGCAGGGCUACGGUCCCUCCCAGAGUGCCCCAGGACAGUAUCCUAACUAUCCUCAGGGGCAGGGACAGCAGUAUGGGGCCUAUCGCCCUCCUCAACCUGGACCCCCACAGGGCCAACAGCAACGCCCCUACGGCUAUGACCAGGGCCAGUAUGGAAAUUACCAGCAAUGAGAGAUGGUCACAGCAACCCACACAGCUCUGCUCUGUUCUCUGUCUGAGCUUUGACCUCUGGUCAACUGCUAAGCAGACUUAAAUGAUGGUUGUAGCACGCUGAGAUUCUCUCAGACAUGAACAUACAACACUCAAAAAUACAAGAUCCCCCCCCUCUGUUUGGGCUCUUAUCCUCGCCUAUAAAAUGUAUUCUGUUUAUCAUGUACAUUGACUUGAUAAUGUCAAAGUCCAUGACUCACCCUCUGGUCCAGUAUGUCUCAAAGCAGCAAUGCCUUAAAAUGGAACUGCCUUAUCCUUUAGCAUUGCAGAUUGUUAAACAGGCUAACAAAAUUUUGGAUAUCAGAGAUGAUUUAAAUGUACAGUUUCAAUCUACUGUGGUGCAUUGUUUCUCUAUCCCUCAGCUCCUUGUUCAUAAGAAGCAAUAAUGCCAGCAGUAGGGAAAUGUGUGGGGGCUUGAAAUAAUGCACCAGACGAACUUCCCGCUAGGCCAUGGUACAUGUCUUGAUGUAUGUGAUGAUGUAAAAAUAUAUUUUAUGCUUUUUAGAUCAAGCUAACUUUGUAUGAGACAUUGGAAACUAGUACUAAAGCUGUGUUGUUUAUUUCAUGAAGUGUAUGUGUCAAUGUUUUUUUAUGAUCUUUAAUGAUGAUCCUAUCCAGCGCAUUUUGUUUUUUAUUUCUUUGUUGUGUUGACUUGUAUAACUAUUCAAUUGGAUCUGCUACUUCAGUGACAUGGACUCUGUAUGAAUUUUUGUGUAAAAAUAGAAAAUGAAUUGGCAUGCACAGAAAUUCCUUGAAGGACAAAUACAAACAGCAUAUCUGGAAUUAGAAAAUCAUGUUUAAUGUCUGAAAACGCAUGAAACAAUUGCUGUAUUCUGUGUUGAGCUUUGUAUUUAAGUCAGUGAAAAAUAUAUAUCAGAUUUGGAUAUGAAUAAGUUUUUUUUUAACCACAUUACUUGACAUAAUAAUGCUCAUUGGCCUUUGACAUUUGUGCCCAAAGAGGUGAUAUGUAGCAGAUGCCACUGCAAAUUGUAAGUGAAUGCUCUCUAGAGCCUUUUUUUUUUCUUCUAUACAAGCACCUCAGUCUUGUCCAUUGACUGCAAAUUAGUAAAUGGGAAAGAUCAGACUUGGUAUAAUACGUAUUUCUGACAAGUACUUUGUUUUGUUAGUCUUGACAAUGCUGGAAUUCCCUUUUCCCUUUGAAUAAACGUCUAAGUUGAUGUCAUUCAAAUAGUGUUGUGUGUGUGAAUAAUAAAGUUACUGUCAAAUAUGUAACAUAAGAUGUGAAAAUAAUGUUCUGAAAUGGAUUCCUUAAUUUCACAGUAAAGACUGGUUGUGCAGUUUUAUAUCACUGGCUUGAUAUCCGUUUUAUGGUGCAUACUUUAUUGAUCCCAUAUGUACAGCGGCAUAAAGAAGAGGAAUUCAUUGUCCUCGGAUAUUGUUUAUAUGGCUGUUUUAAUAUUUUGCAUUCUGCACCCCCAUCCAAGUGGUCACAUUUGUGUCAUGGCAAUGUAUAACUGUAAAUUACAAUAAAUUGGAAGAAUCUUUAA